AUGUUGCUCAAACCAAACUUAGAGAAUUUACAAAAAGCUGCACAUGCCAUAUCAAAACGAGCAUUAGAAAAUGGUUUUGAUCCACAUUAUAUGUCACCAUUUGCACGCAGUGCACGUCGAUCACUAGGCAUUAAUAUUACAGGAGGAAAACCUGAUGAUGUUACCGUAUUAUUGGCUGUUGUCGUUAUAACAGUAAAAAUGACUCAAUCUCAACCAUCAACGUCAAUAUCGGAAGCGUUUAUUGAGGAUUGUAGAUUGACACUAGGUCAGUGGGAUGCUGGAAAUAUUGAAACAUUAGGAUUAUUAUUUAAAGAUCAAAGUAGUUGUCCACAAUUAUAUAACAAUGAUGCGUUACGCAAGGAAUUUCAAUCAUUGUUAGAUUUUGAUUUGAACAAGCACAAUGAUACACCAAUGAUGCGUAUUACUCUAUCCGUAAUGAUACGAUUUAAACAUGUUCAUCUUUGCGCAGAUGAUUUCUAUCGUCAAAUCUAUUUACGAUCGUCCACACCACCAUCAUCGAAUACUCGAUUAUUUUCAAUUCAACAAGAGCUAAGUGAUGCCUAUUGUUUUCUAUUAGCUCAAGUAGAUAAUGAAUUAACGGAUCCAAUGUUACGUAAUUUACAAUUUUAUUAUGCUAUUCAACAACCAUCUAUUGAUUCUCUGUUAACAUUGUACAAUGUAUUAUCCCGUCAAAAUUGUCCAUAUACAUUAGAACAUUUUUUUAAUGAUUUUGGAAAUUGUUAUUAUGUUACAAAAAGUCUAAUCAAAAUAUAUCAGUUGGUGGAAAACUUUAAAAUAUUUAUCAAGAAAUAUAAUAAAUUUUUAGAAAUGUAUCAGAAUGACAAAUUAGGUAUAACAGAGACGAAUGAUCGAGAAACGUUAAUAUCUACAACGGCAGCACAAGACAAUCAUGAAAAAUUAAAAAAUAAUAUUCCAAAAAUUCAGCCAGUACCUAAUCCAGUUCCCGUUCAAAACAAUCUCUCAUUACAACAAUCUCAAACAAUUAUACCAAAACAAGGUUUAUGUGUGAUAAUUAAUAUCGUUAAUUUUAGUUCAAAUGUAUAUGAAACAACAAAACGAGCCGGCUCAGAAAAAGAUGUUGCUUUGGUAGAUAGUAUAUUUAAUGCUAUGAAUUUUACAAUAUUAAUAUGUGAAAAAGAUUUUACUAAAGAUGAUUUGGACAAGGCAAUGCAUCAGAUCAAAACGUCUGAAAAAUAUAAACGAUAUGAUUGUUUAGUGUUGUUUAUUAUGUCACAUGGAUUACUUCAUACUGUAUUUACAGCCGACGCACAAACAGUUUAUGUGAGAGAUUUAAUAAUGGAUUUUAAUGAUUCUUCUAAAACUUCAAUAUGGAACGGUAAAACACGUUUCUUUUUUAUUCAAGCGUGUCGUUCUGUUCCACAAAAUAAUAAAACUUCAAAUAUGUCGUAUAAUAUCACUGAUAAACAUUUAUCACCGAAUAUGUUGGUGGCAUUUUCUUGCAGCGAAGAAGAAAGCUCAAAACGAAAUCCCAAUAUUGGAAGUAUUUAUAUCCACAUAUUGUGUAUUAUGUUCUAUAUGUACAGUAAAAUAAAACCAGUUGAUAAAAUUCUUGAAUUAACUGCUGAAUAUCUUAAAAGAGCCAAUGAAAAAUUAGUAGAAUUAUAUCCGGGUGAAAAAGCACAUCGUUUAGAUCAACAUCCAAAAUAUGUCAGCUCUUUGAGGGAUAGCGUAUAUUUCUCUGAGCGUUGUUUAGUAAGAAGAAUUCAAUAUUUAACAGACUUUAAUUAUGCAUCAUUAAAAAUUCCCUUAGCGUUAUGGACCGAAGUUGAUCAUUAUGUGAAAACAAAAUUGAUUUAUGAUACAAAACCAAACCACCACAGUGAUUACUGCACCGAAUGUCGAUCGCAUAAAGGUUGA